AUGUCCACCCCAUCACCCACCCCUCCAACCUGGACGGCACCACCGCCCGACCUCCCCAACCAAUCCUUCCUAACAGUCUCUAUCAUCCCGGCAGGAUAUCUCGACCUCUUCGAAGAAGACUUCUUCGCCGAUCAAGCCGGGAACCAGAGCACGCGCUCAGUGCCCUCAUUGGCGUUCUUGUUGCGGAAUGAUACCACGGGGGAGAAUGUGAUGUUUGAUUUGGGUUUGAGGAAGGUGCGUUGGGGUGGGGAAACGUGCGGCGACGGGAUGAGAGUCAACCUCAAAGUGGAGAAGGAUGCGGCGGACGUUUUGCGGACGGGUGAUGUGAAGCCUGAAGAUGUGCAAAAGAUCGUGUUCAGCCACCUACACUGGGACCACGUCGGCGACGUCAGCAGCUUCCCGCAAGCCCACCUUUACAUUGGCCCCGGCGCCAGCCCCCGCCUCAAACCCAACUUCCCCUUCCCCUCCCACCCAUCCCCCAUCACGGAACUCACCAUCCCCCCCUCGCCCUUCGGCGCCUUCACCCACAGCCUCGACCUCUUUUCCAACGGCACGCUCUACAUCCUCGACGCUCCCGGCCAUUUCCCGGGUCACAUCGUCGCAGCCGCGCGCGUGGGGCCGGGAACGUUUGUACUGUUGGGCGGGGAUUGUUGUCAUUGUCGGGAGAGUUACACGACGAGUGUGAGGCAGAUUCCGGAGUGCAAUCAUGAGGAUGUUGUAGUCGCGAGGGAGACAUUGGGGAGGGUGAGGGAGCAUGGGAAGAGGGGAUGGUGUGCUCUGUUGGCGCAUGAGACGGAGCGGUUGGGAGAGUGUCCGAUUUAUCCAGAGGUUUUGAGGGAGUUCUCGGCGGUCAACCUCGCUUGA